GCGUCAUGUGUAAACUGAAGAGCCCGAUGUAACGUAGCUAGGACAGCACUUAGCGGGCAAUUGCAACGUGAGACCUUUCUGUUACCCUCUGCUGCUAUGGGAUAUCAUCUGCCUGUGAAAAGCAGGUUUGUCACAAUACAAAACAGCAAAACAAGACUUCUGAUGCGGUUUAUUUAGUUAGACCUGUGGUUUCAUGGAGAAUGAGCCUGGUAUUGUUUCGCCCUUCAAGCGAGUUUUUCUAAAAGGAGAAAAAGGGAGGGACAAGAAGGCCCAAGAAAAGGUGACAGAACGAAGGCCUCUACAUACCGUCUCCCUGUCUCUCCCAGACCAUCGGGUAGAUCCUGAUAUACUGUUGAAUGACUACAUUGAGAAAGAAGUCAAGUAUUUAGGGCAGCUUACCUCAGUACCAGGGUACUUGAAUCCAUCCAGCCGGACUGAAGUAUUGCACUUAAUUGAUACUGCACGGAAGGCUCACCAGCUCCCAGGCCUGCUGACUCCAGAGCAUGAUGCUGUGGUCAGCCUUUCUGCGUACAAUAUCAAACUUGUUUGGAGGGAUGGGGAGGACAUCAUUCUCAGGGUGCCUAUUCAUGACAUUGCAGCUGUGUCAUAUAUUCGGGAUGAUUCUUUACAUCUUGUAGUGCUCAAGACAGCUCAAGAUCCAGGAAGUUCUCCCUGCCCAAGUACAUGUCCUGAAAUGUCUAAAUCUCAGACGCUGGCCUCGCUGUCAGAGAGUGGAGCCGUGUUGGUUGAGGUUUGCUGUCUAGUGGUAUUGGCUGCAGAGAACAAGGUGGCAGCCGAAGAGCUCUGUUUACUGCUUAGCCAAGUCUUCCAGAUUGUUUACACAGAAUCAACAAUAGACUUCUUAGAUAGAGCAAUAUUUGAUGGUGCCUCAACACCUACAAGGCACUUAUCUGUCUAUAGUGAUGAUUCAUCAACUAAAGCGGAUCCCAAGGAUGCUUAUGAAACUGAAGCAAGCACAUUUUCUUUUCAAAGCUCCUUGGACACUGGUGGAAAUUCUCCAUCCUCCUCCUCCUCCACACAGGUUUCCCCACAAAAUAAAACAGUGAGUGAGAGUGAGCUGAGCACCACUGCCACUGAGCUGCUCCAGGACUACAUGAUGACGCUACGAACCAAGCUCUCCUCCCAAGAAAUCCAGCAGUUUGCAAUGCUGCUUCACGAGUACAGGAAUGGGCUCUCUAUCCAUGAGUUCUGCAUCAAACUGCGGCAACUGUAUGGUGACAGCAGAAAGUUUCUUUUAUUAGGGCUCAGGCCAUUUAUCCCAGAGAAGGACAGCCAACACUUUGAAAACUUUUUGGAAACAAUUGGUGUAAAAGAUGGCAGAGGAAUCAUCACAGACAGUUUUGGGAGGUAUAAAAGGACAAUGAGCACCACCUCCAACUCCACUACCAAUGGGAAUGGGGGAGCAGGGGGUUCUGAUGACCAAUCUGUGCCCUCAGAAGCAGAUGAGUGGGACCGUAUGAUUUCAGUCAUUAGUGACGAUAUUGAAGCUUUGGGAUGCAGCAUGGAUCAAGACUCUUCCUGAGGAGAGGAAAGGGAAUCGGGGUUGAACUAAGAAGCAACCCUUGGAUAUUUUCAUAUUGUGAAAAGAAGAUUAGUGGCCAUUUCUUUUAUAUCUUUGUAAGUGGGGCAGGUGCCACACGUCAAGUUGAAUCACCUGUAUUUGACCCCCUUCCCACCACUGUUUUUCUGCCUUGACUUACGGUGAAAAGAAAAUUAUUUGCGCAGCUUUAUACCAGUGUCUUGUUUAACCGUAUGGAGUUGACUUGUUUACCAUUCUUUAACAGACCACAUCCUGUCUUUUGAAGAGGGUACUGACAGACCUGCUUUCUGCACUGUUACCCUUGAGAACGCACUGUGCUUCUCUAAACUGAAAUGCUCAGAUGAAAUCUGCAGCUGUGACUUUUGUUUUCUACAUUUGAAUGAAGUUUUAAGUUAUUCAAAGAGACUUAAAUCUUUUUCUUUGGUAUGUUUGUAACAAACACAUUUGCCCCUAUCCAUCUUAAUUGGAACGUUAAUGUGAUUGUUUCUAAAUUCCAGCAGGUUGUGCUGCUGACUUUAUAAUUUUAAUUAUUUGUAAAGGUGCUGACAUGAUAGGUUCAAUGAAGUGUUUGUAUUCAGUAGAUAUGUUUUUAAAUGAGAACAGCUCAGUAAAGUUUUUUUUUUCCUCCCAGAUAUCCAGAAAGUAGGCCUCAUUUACUCUCAUUCAAUUGUAGAAUUUUUGCAAUAAUUUGACCUGAAUGUGAAUUGAUCUUCGUCUAAACCCUCAGAAUCAGUUUUCAACAAACACAGAAUGUGCUUUUUCUUGUCCUUUUCAACAUGUUGAUCCAUCUUUUGCAGGUUUUUAUUUUUGUUUUUUGGAAGAUAUUUGUAAACUUUUAGGUCAAUUUCUGGUGUUACCUCCUUUGGCUGGAAUAAAUGCAACCAAAUGUUUCCUGAAUCUGAAGAUCAAUUCCUCACUUUAUUUGGAAAUAUUUUGGUUUGUUCCUCCUAACUGAUGUACAUCCCCUCACUAGUCCUUUUUGGGUUGCUUUGCUUGAAUUAAUUACUUGUGAUAAUCAAUGUGCUUCACGGUGUUGCCCUUGUAUUUCUGUGUUGUUUAAGGUAAGAAAGAAUUUGUGUUUCUCAACCAUCCCCGGAAAAAAAGUGUUAGCCCUUUUGUUAUCACAGGAUGAAAUGCCAAUGUCCAAUCCAUUGUCACCACUACCUCAUUGUCAAUUUAUAUGCUCUUUUAAGCUGAAAAUGUGUUCUUUUUGUGUCUGAUUGGAUACCAUAAUUACCCAAACUGCUUUCUGGGUUGCCACUAUGAACACUACUUGUUUGUAUUUCAUAUUUCCUGGUUUCAGGAAUAGCUGUUUAAUUCCACGUUAAUAAACUGGAUGCCUUGUUGAA